UGACCUGUACGCUUUGAUUCAAUGCUAAAGAAGACGAGAGAAUACUUUAUUUUACAAAAAAUAGGUUAAUAAAUAAGCUUUAGGUCCUUGAAUGAAGAUAGUCCAUUGGCGGUAAACAAAGCACGUGGAAGGCUGAGACAGUAAUGGGGAAGAAAGGCAGACGCUUUCUAGACAAGCGACGCGAUGUCCUGCACACUUUCAAGGUCGUGUCUCGUAGCCAGCGCGAUCCCCUUGUGGCCGACCCUGAGGCACCCCAGGCUGUCCUGCACCCUGCACAGGAUUCGGCCAACCACAAGUCAGAACAGGAGAAGUAUGGCAUUUUCUUCGACGACGACUAUGACUACCUGCAACACUUGAGGGGCGUAAGAGAGGCAGUCAAUUGGGACGAGGAGGAACUUGAGGUGUACACCAUUCGCUGUGAGGACCCCCAGGCGGGGAAGAAAGAGCUGAGGAACAAGAAGCUGGUCCUGCCGUCAUCCGCCUUUGAAUCUUAUGUAGAAGAGCCUAUUGGGUUACUAAACAAGGCCGCCCCACUUACAGGUCCCAGGCCAGAGUUAGACCCUGAUGUGGUGGCGGGGCUUGACGACGACGACCUGUUCAAUGAUAACGCAGCGUGUGGCCCAGAAGAUGAUAAUGCUUUGCCGGACAACUUUGUAAUGAUGCUCAAUUCAGAAGUCCCCAUUCACCAGUUAGAUGACGAUGGAGAAUGGGAGGAUUAUGAUGAUGAGGAGGAGGAGGAGGAUGAGGAAGAGGAGGAUGGGGAGAUGGAUGGGCUAAGAGAGGAAGUUAAUGGCUCACAUCUCCCUUCACUGGCUAAACUGAGUGCAUACCGAGAGAAGGGUCAGGAUGAGGGUUACGACGCAGAUGAGGAGGAGAAAGACUUCAGCAGUGACUUCAACGACAGUGAGGACGAGGAGGGCCGGGAUGAGCUGGGCAGCCUGGAUGUGCCUCCGUUCCCCAGACCCUUCUUGGACGAGGAAGAGACGCGCUCACACUUCACCAACUACUCUCUCACCUCCUCUGUGCUUCCCAGAAAGGACCACCUUACUACACUAGAUGAUUGCUUUGAAGAGAAGUUCAUCCGGGAGUACGGGGAGGACCAGGUUGGGGCGUUGGAUGGGGAGGACAUCGACGGGUUUGUUGGGGAGGAGUCGCCUCUGUUCCGCCAGGCCCUGCAGCACUCCCGGCUCCACCUACAGGAGGACACACAGGACGACCAGGACCGGAUUAUUAAGUGGAUCAAGGAUAUGCAGGAGAGAAGAGGAUACAGUGAGCAAGAGGAAAAGGAAGAGGUUGAGGUGUCGGAUGAGGAGGGCAAGGAACAGUGGGACUGUGAAACCAUCCUGACCAUGAACUCCACUCUUUACAACCACCCACGCACCAUCACCGAUCCUCCCAGACGCAAGAAGAUUGCCGUCGACCCACGCACUGGCAUUCCCCUGGAGCACCGGGUCAGCGGCUUGACACGGCGCAACCUGGCACACCACGACAAGGCAGCCGACACGCCUGACAAUGAGGUGGUGGCAGACACUCAGACGCUCAUCACCAGCAUGUCUGCCAUCUCCAUCCGGCCGCCAGGUGAGACCAGUGAAGAGAGGCGGUUCAGGAAGAAAGCUCUGAAGGAACUGCGCAGGGAGCGCCGUGUGGAGAAGAAGCUGAAUCGGGCGGCGUUCAAGGGGGAGAAGAAGCGACAGGAGAAGAUUUUAAUGAAUAACAAGUAUAACAACAAGAUUUCCCUCAUGUAAUACCAACACCAGUAAUAAUCAUAAUAAUGUCGCUGCUGUUACAUUAUUAUCAUUAUUAUUUUCCGUCAUCAAAGUAUUUAUAUAUAUAAUUUCUCAUAUAUAUAUAUAUAUAUAUAUAUAUAUAUAUAUAUAUAUAUAUAUAUAUAUAUAUAUAUAUAUAUAUAUAUAUAUAUAUAUAUAUAUAUAUAUAUAUAUAUAUAUUAUAUAGUACUAUACACACACAAGUUAUUGCAGUAUAACAGAUUCAUAUUUAUAUUACACCAUUGUUAUUUUACUUGGAGGAGAGUUAGACCUAGAGAGAGAGAGAGAGAGAGAGAGAGAGAGAGAGGUCAACAUUCUUAUUACCAUCACCUCUCAUCCACUUCAAGAGGCUGCAGUGGAAAUUGUGGUUUUCAAGGAUGCUUUCAUGAUUCUAGUGAUAUGUGAGGGAAGAGAAUAAGCAUGACAACCCUGAUAAUGACCACUGUGGCCACUGGAAAUGGCAUUGAGAGAGAGAGAGAGAGAGAGAGAGAGAGAGAGAGAGAGAGAGAGUUUAAUUAAUCCAUUCACUGCUGUGAUCACCUUGAUGUAAUAACAUUCAGAGUAUAGGAGUAUAAUUCGACCAGAAUAGAAUAAGAGGUUUCUUUUCUGUUUUUCUAUGCUGGAAAGGUAUACUCUUGUGUCUGAAAAAUGUGAAGGGAUUAUGGGAAAAAAUGACUAGCACUGAGAGGGUUAGGACAGGAAUGAGUUUGUUCGCUUUCAUGUGACAGGAGCAGGUUAUCCCACAGUUUGCUGCAAGACAGACUAGCGUUUCACCUCAGCACUUUCAAAUGGACAAGAUUUUGUUGGCUGAUGGGCUGGGUUCUGAUAACUUCACAAUUUUUCGUUGUUCCGGAGUUUCUCAGACGCUGAUUCUUUUUCUCUACUAAGCAUUGUUUUCCUUCAUUGUUCAUACCACUUAGGCCGGGAGCACACGAGCAACUUUGUGUUCGCCACGCUGUGGCAAACACACUGAAGCAUGUUUAAGUGACUGUGUCUUGACUGAGCCACACCACAGAGUCGCCCGUGUGUGUGUGGGCACAAGCCACUGUGGCACAUCUGUGCCUGUCGAGACCUCAGUUCCAGCAUGGAUUCUGAGAAGGAAGCAGUCCUGGUUUUUCCUAGAGAAUCCAUUCCUCUGUAGCCAGACACAAAGAUGUCACACAUCUCCUCCCAUGCCUUGGCUUUGGCAAUUUUAUUGCCAAAGCGCACGUCCCAUAUUGCUGGCCAAUCUUCAGUUUCAAUAAUGAAUCAAUCUAUAUCAAGUGUAGCCAUGGUAUUGGUAUAUAUGAUAUGUAAAGAGGAAAAUGUGCUAAUUCCUUAAUGUUUGGUAUAUGACUGCCCAUAGCCGUCAUGCGUCCAUCACUCGGCCACGCUCAUUUGUGUGUGCGGGUCCUCGACACAAAGUCGCGCCUCACUGUGGCAGGAUGAGCUUCUAAACAAUGGAAACUUACGGAGACCCACGUCACUGCCAUGACGUGGCACCACAGAGUCGCUCAUGUGCUCAUGGCCUUAGUUUCCUUCCUUUUAUGAUGGAUUGAGGACAGUGUUGACCCUUGCAAUGCUUUCUGUCACCUGCUCUCAUACAGACAGAAGGAGUAGAGGGAAGUGUCUCUUAUUUAUAUCUUUGCAAGGACUUUUUAAUGCUACCACUUAGUUUCCUUCCUUUUAUGAUGGAUUGAGGACAGUGUUGAUUCUUGCAAUGCUUUCUGUCUCCUGCUCUCAUACAGACAGAAGGAGUAGAGGGAAGUGUCUCUUAUUCACUUCUCAAGAAGGGCUGUUUUUUAAUGCACAGGGAUGAGGGUUUUGAGAUUCUGAAAGGGUAGUUUUAUUCUGUGUAAUCUUUCAUCUUAAUGCAGAAAGAGUAUAGGGAGAUGUCUCUUAUUCAGAUCUCAAGAAGAUAUUGAUAUAAGUGCAGUAAUGAUGCUUUGUAAUGAUGACCUAAGACUUUGAUAUGAAUGUGUUUAUAGGUCAGUCAGUAUUUCCCAGCCAGAAUAGACAUUGAAAAGUACUGUUAGCAUUGAUAUAAACAUAUGCAGAGUCUUGAAGCAUUGCAGAGAUGAACUGUGAUUAAGAAUACAUUGAUAUAUUCUUGUUUAUGAGGCAGCCAGCAUUUUCCAGCCAGAAUAGACAGUGAAAAGUACCAUUAGCAUUGAUAUAAACAUUUGCAGAGUCUUGAAGCAUUGCAGGAUGAGGUGUAAUCCUGAAAACAUCCUCUCUUACCCUGUACCCAAGCCAGCAUGUCUCACCCAACAGAUUCAGCAUAGAAACAUUGGUUGACUCACCAGAUAAAUAACAAGGUAUCAUAGGUCUUGUUUCCAGCCAAGUUUUCCUUCCCCCAGUAUACUCCACGCAUGACUCGCUCACGCACACGUACGUUGUAUAAAUAUUUACUCUCGCCCCAGAUAUUUAUCUAUGUUAUGUCAGUCUCAAAACCAUUAAAUUAUACAUGAAAA